AUGAACUACUUCAACAUACUUCAGAAUGAAGAUGAGGAUGACUUUGUAAUGGUUGGCAGCGGUGAAGCUUCAACUAAUCAACAACAGCAGCAAAAGGAGGGUACAGAGGAGGAAGGUGAGAUUGUAGAGUCUUCAACAACCAACAAUAACAAUAGUACAGCAUUUGGCAACAAUGCCAAUAACAACAACAACUUCAAUCAAAACAAACAACCUCAAUAUACAAUCGACUUGCAAUUGGACUUCUCUCAGGAUGCUGCAUUGUCUUCAGCCGAUCUUACAAAGACGUUUGACGAGUCAUGGGUACUGUGGUACGACUCCAAGUCCAAGGUGGAGCCAAGGGAGAAGUCAGAGAACAGCCAGUACUUGCAGAACAUCUCCAGACUCGGUUCGUUCAACUCCCUAGAGGGCUUGAAGCAACUGUGGAGCAGUUUGGAAUCACCAAUGAACAGUAACAUCAGUAUGUUCAAGGAUGGAAUCGAGCCAGCCUGGGAGGAUAUCAAGAACAAGGAUGGCGGUAAAUAUUCUGUAAAUUAUAUAAUCAAGGACAAUGAGGAGUACACCAAGAUGAUCAAUAGUUGGUUCACUCUGGUCACCACUGUCGUCUUCGCUUCACAAUGGGAGCAGUAUGAGCAAACGAAUGGACUUGUGUUGUCAUUCAGAAGCUGGGGAGCAAGCAUCAACAUUUGGAACAAUGAGUCAGAGAACCAAGAGAAGGUCCAAGCACUCAAGGAUGGUCUUCAGAAUAUACUCAAGUCAAAGUACGCCAAGUACUCUUCGCACAACAACACUAUACUACUCAAGACAUUCAAGAGGAAUGAUGAGUUGAAGAAGAAGAAGAACUUCAAGACAUUCCAAAAGAUUGAUCAUCAUGCCAACCAGUGGAAUGAGCUGAAUGCUCAUACUGGAGCAUUCCAAUCAAGGAAUCAAGAUGGUUGGAUCAGUAACGACUCGGAUCACUCGAACAAUACAUUCGCGAGAGGCAACAACAAUAACAACAACAGCAAUGGUUCAUGGACCUCAACUGCACCCAAUCAACUCAGAAAGUACAACACCAAGCCACUCGCUACCGUGCAGCAGCAAGCUGUGCCAACAUCACCCGAGAUCACACAACCUGCCGAACCAGCGAUCCCCGUUCCAGAGAUCCCAGCAGGAAUGAACGCCUGGUCCACAGGUAUCCUGCUCGGAAGCGAGCCAGUGCCCCUACAGACUCCCUAUGUUGCCAAGGCCCAACCCGUCGAGCCAGCCAAGACCGCUUCAUCGCCAGUCGUCGAGCCAGCUGCACCAGUGCCAGCAGGUGAGACAGUGCCAGCCACCACUACAACCACCACGAGCAAUGUAGAGACCAGCCCUGUUGUGACCCCAACUGUUGUUGUUCCACCCAAUGUCAAUGCCUGGGCCACUGGCUUGCUAUUGCCAAAGUCACCAGUUGUUCAGUCCACCACCAGCAAUGAGACUGUCGCCGCUCCAACCUCUGUUGCUGCUGCUGCCACUGAGAGUACCACACCAUCGACUACCAGCCCAGUGACGACCACUGGAUGGUCUGGAUCAAACAAGAUCGUUGAGCAGCACAAGAAGACAGGAAAGAAGGAUGAUGAGAAGGAGAGAGUUCCAGAUAAGUCGGUCGAGAAGACAUCGGCUACAGCUACCAACACCACCUCGUCAGUUGACAAAACAGAGAAGAAACAACAGAAGCAGAAGCAGACAAAGUUGACAUCAUCCAAUGAAAGCAAGGCACCAUUCUGGGAGGAGUCGGCAGUACCACAGACGACAACGACUGUUGUCUCACCAAGCACAGUCACUCCAGCUGCAGCAGUUGUCCCAACCAAGGAGACCAAACAGACAAAGCAACCAAAGCCAGUGGAUGCACCUGCACAGCCCACAUCCAUUUGGGCCAAGGAGAAUGUGUUGAGAUUGAUGGAGACUGUCGAGAAGGAGAAGGCCAAGGAGGAGAAGGUCAAGCCAGAGCAGGCUAGUGUUGUCGUCCAACAGCAAGAGACUGUUGCUGAGGCACCCAAGGAGGAGUCGACCCGAGUCACCAUCCAGAUCAAGCCACAGACAGAGUUGAAGAAAGUUGAGGUACCAGCUGCACCAGCCAAGGAUGAGUGGACACCAGUCGAGGAGAAGAAGCCAAAGAAGGAGCGCAAGGAACCAAAGGAACAAACAAACAAGGAGGAGAAGGUUGUGGUUCAUCAUCACCAGCAGCAUCAUCAACACAAGGAGGAGAAGUCAUUGAUCCGCACAUUGCAGGUGGAGGAACCAAUCGAGUACAAUACACCAUUGAAACAACAACCAACAAAGAGCACAACAUCACAGACCUCAACAACAACAACAACAGCGAACAGGAACAAGAGCAGUGGUGGCAAGACAUCGCCCAAUACCACCUCGGCAAACCAAUCAAAUAGCGCCCUGACCAAGCCCAAGGCAAAGCCAAGCAACAAGCCAACAGCGACAACCACCACCCCGACGGGCAUCGAUUCCAAACUCGUAGGAUUCAUUGCGAUGUUUGUUGCACUCUUACUCGGCCUACUCUUGAAAUACUUCCUUUUCUAG